UGCGCCAGGCUGUGACGUGUCGAGAAAGUGUCAAACAGAAAAGGGAUGUAAAAAUGACCGAAAACUCUUUAGAUAAACUCAAUAAGGUCUUUAACGGUGUCCGGCGGCGGUAGUCUGGAUACCUCUCCCUGUGUAAUCACUCGUAGGUAUUGAUUUUAUAGACUAACUGCGCCUCUUCAGUCGAGUCGAGGAAAUUCGGUUUAACUCACUUUUGGACUCGCGACAUUGACUGUCGAGCUAACUCGGUUAGCGACCGUUGAGCUAACCGGACUCCGUAAACUAGCCCAGCUUAAAAGUAGCAUGGGAACCACUUUAGCCAACAUUAACAUGUAACGUAAGCGAGGUCGGUAGUGUAAACGUUAGCUAGCCGCUUAGGUUAGUUUUGUGGUUCAUCUCUCAUUUUCUUGACGUUCGGCGCGGUAUCCAGACGGGGAGCCGGCAGCAGGACUGAUACCUAAGGGAGAGGAAGAUGUCUCGGAGGCGACUGGACAGCCGCAGCGGGCUCUCUGCGGGGCUGCUCACCGAAAUUCAGACCCCAAUCAGCACGGAGCCGAUGGAAAAUGUUUACGAAAUCACCGGAGAGCUUGGAAGGGGGAAGUUUGCUGUGGUCAAGCGCUGUGUGGAGAAGGCCACAUGUAAAGUGUUUGCUGCUAAGUUCCUGCGGAAGAGAAGACGAGGUCGUGACUGCCGGGCAGAAGUCACGCAUGAGAUGGCCGUCCUGGAGAUGGCCCGUAACAACGCCCGAGUGGUCAACCUGCACGCUGCUUACGAGACAGAUCACGACAUCGUCCUCGUGCUGGAGUAUGCGGCGGGCGGAGAGAUAUUUGACCACUGUGUGUCCGAGGAGCUGCUGCCAGAGGCCCAGAUCAUUCGCCUGAUCAGGCAGACGCUGGAGGGAGUCCACCAGCUCCACCAAAGCAACGUGGUGCACUUAGACCUGAAGCCGCAGAAUAUCCUCCUGACCGGUCUGUCUCCUCCGGGAGACAUAAAGAUCGUAGACUUUGGCCUGGCACGCAGACUGGGUGCGGUCGGAGAGCUCAGAGAGAUUCUUGGCACACCUGAGUAUGUGGCUCCAGAGAUCCUGAACUAUGAGCCAAUCACAACGGCCACUGACCUUUGGAGUGUGGGUGUUAUCGCCUACAUGCUGGUGACGGGCGAGUCGCCGUUCGCCGGGGACGACAAGCAGGAGACGUUUCUGAACGUGUCCCAGGUCAACGUGGACUACAGCAGGGACGCCUUCUCCAGGGUGUCUGAGCUGGCCGUGGACUUCAUCCGCAAGCUGCUGGUCAAAGCGCCGGAGGACCGGCCCAGCGCUGCAGAGUGUAUGAGCCACCCCUGGCUGUGGCAGCAGCAGCUCUGUCUGAGCCCUGACCCCGUCAGCACCCGCGCCGUCCGCGAGCGGAGCUGCGGCGCCAAGUGGACGGCCCCGCACGAAGACCCCGAAGACAAGGAGAACUUCCUGGAGUCGCCGCACUCUCAUGCAAAAAGGUUUCGCUUCGACGAGGAAACGCCAGCUGCUGCGGACGGAGACUUUUGAAGAAGGAAAAUUCAAAAGAAAAAGAAAAGAAGUGGAGGAUUCAAAGUGUAAGGCACCGUCUCCUUCCUCUGAGCUUUUAAAUCCUUUUAAGCGUCAGAAAACCAGUGUCUGCCACCCGCCAUUCAAAAGUACUUCAGCUGUGUUUAUAUUCCACUAAUUCAGACCAAAGAUAACCAGCUAAAUUUUGAGAUCUCGUACUGAUCCAUCACUGUUAAAACGUGUGAAAAUUGUACAGUAUGUCUCCAUUAAUGCGGCGUGUUUAACUAAAAGUAUUCGAUGUGCUAAAAUGUUAAAAUCUGUGGUGCUCUCAUAAGCCCAGCACACUCUGUCAGUGAAGGCUGCUGUGGAGCAUUUUAAGGGAAAUCCACCCAAUUCGGCUCUGGUGCAUCUUAGUUUUGUCCAGAAACCUUGAAGAAGUUGGCAGCUGCCGACUGCUUCGCUGCACUUGUGCUUAGGCAGAACUGCACGACAUGCAAAUAAGCACUUCUGCAACAAGGAAGUGUGAUAAUGUCCUUAUUUGCAUGGCGAAGAGAGUGAGAGGCGGCCGGACAGCAGCAUCGUGGGAAACCAGCCAUUUAACUUUGCGUUUUGUUCAUCUCGGCGUUUUCAUAAAACCUGCUGCUGUUUGGGUCGCAGCUCCCUCUGUCACACUUCACAUCACACGCAGACAUGUUAGAUUGCUUCUGCGUUUGCGUUUCCCCCGCUGUCAUUUUCACCGUGCCUGCGAUAGCACAAGUGUUUAAAUUUAGCUCAGGGUUUUAGAUGAAACUCAUUUUAGUUAACUCUAACCUCAGUACCCCCCCCCCCCCUCCCCAUUUCCAAAGAACUGAGAGGCUUCCACAUUUAGUGGCAGCAUUUGUAUUCAGGUUAUUCUAACAUUUUGUAGAAGAAACUGCUUUGACAGAACUGCCUUUUUGGGUGUCCUUCUGUAGUGAGGGGAAACCUAAAACUGCAGCGACUCACAAAACCUGUGACUCGCGCCGGUCGGUCAUACGCCACACCCGCACUUACUCAAAGGAUGUCCUCAGCGAGCUGCCAGUUCCUCUUUGUCAGCCAGCAGAAGAGACACACGACUUUAGCACUUACUUUCCAAGCACACUGACAAGCAGAACGGGAGAUGUGCGAGAGGUUUCGCUGGUGUCUUCGAGCCCCUCGCCAAAGCCCCUCGGUGUGCUGUCAGUCAAAGCUACUCCGGUUCUCAUUGGGUCAGGGUGCCUGAAGUGAUUUAUUCCUGUUGUUUGCAUCUCAGGGUUUGCUGCUCACUCUCUGCUCACUUUUUUUUUUGUUGUGUAUUCUUAAUGUUAUUCUUAUUGGCCUAUUACUAUUUAUGUGCUGGAUUUAUUCUUUAUGUUUUUAUGUAAAUAAUGUGCUCACGUGUCUUAUGAAGAGGUGUUGAGAUUAUGGUGGCAGACAGGUGAUUCAGGAUGAUUUAAGGUGUUAUUUAAGUCAAUACGAUGCUGUUGUGGUUUCAGUGGAAAUGUUUGACUGCAGCCAAUUGGGAAGAUGAAAGCGGGGAUUGGUUUAUGGGCGGCACCAGGAAGUGAACGCGGAGAUGAGUCAGAUGGUUUUAGUCAGCAGGAAGGUGAUUAAGUACUUUGGAGUUGGAAAUGUGUCAGCUUUUAGUAAAAGUGUUUAAGGGAAGAGCUUCACGUUUUGGCAAAUAUGUCGAACUCUUCCUUUAACUUGUGAUGUUGAGUGCUAUGAUAUGUAGGUUUGAAAGGCUGUUUUAUGUGGUGAGAAGGGGUGGGGGUGGUUUCAGUGUCGCUUUAGAGAGAGAGAGAGAUGGAUGGAUGGAUGUUUGUCCCGAGGAGCUGACAGAACCGCCGUGUCCUGUGACCCGCGAGGUGCUAUUGAUUCGCAGCAUUUGCUGUCUUUUCUGUUCGAGGGAAGCUGAAUGAAAACACAUGACGUCUCCUCAGGUGCAGGAGUCUGAUCGCUCCUAAACAUUCCUCUUCUUGUUCUGCGGUGCCAAACCACAUAAGACCACAUUGUGCGUUUGUUUGUUGUUGUUGUUGUCACCAGCUGGUACAAAGGCCUUUGUGUUGGGGUAGCUGGGCGUCUCAUCCGAGUGCUGUCAUCGUCAAAAACUGGAAACGCCGCACUGUGAAAGAUUUUCAUCUCAGAGUCAGCAGAGUCUACUUGAGUUUGUCCCAGGGGUUUUUUUUUUUUUUUUUGCUCCAAUCAGCUGGGAAUUGUAUCUGCGUGAUACGUAAAGAAAUGAGCUUGAGUCUUACUUCAUCUCAGUCGUCAAAGUCGGUCUGCUCUGCUUCCUCGCUUACCUCUCCAGGCAGGUGACCGGAAGUUCCUCAAGCUCCGCCGUACAGAAAAAAGUGAAGCUUCUCUCUUUGCUGUUCCUGUUGUUAAAAACAGGAUUUUAAGACUUGAUAAGCAGCUUAACCCCGAGAGAGGAGAAGAAGAAGAAGGAGGAGUUUUGCGACGCGGUUUGCAGGAUGACGAAAGGCUCGAAGCGUCUCGUGCUCGCCGGCCUUAUCUCGUCUGGUAUUGAACACGACUUAUGCUGUGGUGUUUUGUACAGCUGUUGUUAUCGGCAGAUAGUCACACAGUGGCCUCUUUCUGUGUGUGCGCGUGUGUGUGAGCACGCGCUCUCAUUGGCUGAGCGGGAGGCGCUCAGCUGGCGUUCAGGCCGUCAUCCUGAAGACGUUGGAGGCGCCAGUCAUCCAACACUCCUGUUUGUUCUGUGAGCCUGAAGGAUUCUGUAACUUAGUGUCACACCAGCCACAAGCAAAUAAAUGUUCACAAGAUGUAUGUUUAUUUUACAUUUUAUAUGUUUUUUUAAUGUAUGAGCAUUCCGAUUGCAUCUGAAAUGACUAAAAGAGAAGAAGAAGAAAAUAUAAUCCGUAUUGUAUUCUGAUCAGCUGCAGGCUAACAUGUAAGCAUCACAAAGCAAACUGAAAAAGCUCAUUAAAGGUUGUAGAAAAUAUGA